AUGAAAAAAGAAGCAGGACUUAGUAAAACAUCUAAUCAAAAUGAGAUAGAACAUAAAUACCUUCCUAAAAAUCAACUUACUUCUUCUAAACCUCAAGCUAAACGAAAGCCUAAACCUUAUCGGAGCUAUCAAAAUGUAGUUAAAUUUGAUACACCCUCUCAACCUUUAAUUGUAUUGUCCAAUACUGAGCAAGAGCACAUUGAUCAAGGAAAAGAAGAUACAGUGGAUUCGUCCUCUCAACCCUCAAAUGCAGAAAAUACAGUGACUACUUUAUCCAGUCCUGAACAAAGACAACUCGCUGAACCAGCAUUUUCAGAGGGAUAUUAUAACAAUUAUUAUUUUAUUGGCAAUGAUCAUAUUGAAUUCUUAUCGCCACACGGUUCAUGCUUAGUAUCAAUCACCGACUUUGGUCUUCUUGACACGUAUUCUGAAGGUCGUCAGUUUAUGGAAUUAGAGGGUAAUUCCAACGUCAUGGAUAAUAUGGAUGUUGAGGAUCGAUUGAUAUCACAUUAA